UUAAGCAAAACACUAACUCCAAUUAUAAGCCCCCUCCAUUCUAAUUUAGAGUGAAAUGAAUUCGAUUUAUGACGAUUCUUUAAAGCUUUUAAAAUUACGAACCGGUAUAUGAAAAAGCGUAUUUCGAUCAACACUGAUGUGGUUCUUUUGAAACGAUUUUUUUAUUCCGCUUAUAAGCCCGCCCCCUCCUCCCGAUAUAAGCCCCUCGGUUUAUAAGCCCAUCCAAAACCCUUUGGGAAAUUGUAUACAAACCCAGGGCUUAUAAGCGGCAUUUUACGGUAUGUUUACGAAAACUAGACCCUUUAAAAGCUUCAUCGAUUCCCAUCCGGCGGGAUUUCUUAACAAAAUUACCCUUUACUCCUCUGCAAUGAAGAAUUUCGCUUUGUAAAUUAUUAUUUUUCCCUCGCCUUUCCCAUACAGAGGCCACAUAUCGGCAUCACCUUAUAAUCGAUGGUCAAUUUGUCUCAUUGGAUAUCAUGGAUACAGCUGGGAAGAAUUCCACAGAGAAAAUGCAAAAUUGCAUUUCUUUCGCAGAGCUCUUCUUUGUGUUGUACUCGACAACCGAUCGUACGUCUUUUGAAGAGGCGUCACUUGUGGCUCGCUACAUCUUACAGGACAAAUCACUGACUUCCGGCGCCACUGUGAUGAUAGUGGCAACGAAAUGUGACCUCGAACACUUGAGAGAAGUCGAAGAAAAGGAAGGAAGGCUCUUAGCUAAAGAUUUAAACUGCGAAUUUUAUCAGGUGUCAAACUCUGAAGGUUAUUUGGAGACCCAGGAGCUGCUCUAUGAAUCGCUUCAGCGAUGCCUUAAUAAGAACAAAUCAUCUCCCUUGACGAGGGUCAAGGAAGGACUCGUGGAAACUGCCAAGUCUUUCCGCAAGAGAUCGUUUAACCACGAGGUUACAACGGCUGAUCGUGAGAGGCCGAGAUCGAUGAGAAGCAGUUCAUUUAGUGACGUUGAUUCCAUCCCGGAGUCUCCUAGGCAGCCUAGAGGAAAGUCUUCUAGUCAAGAGGAUUUGGCUCAAGAGGAGAAAAACCACAGGAAUUCAGUGGCGUCAACAGGUAGCUUUUGAAAUUAAUGACAACAAUAAUAGCGACGCCGAAGGGAAGAAGAUAUCAUAAACGAAGCUAAAAUUAGCGAAUUAAUAAUGAAGAAAAUUUGCGACGGCACAAUUGUGAGAAAUAAUGCUAAAUUGCUGAUCACAACGCUUAAGUUGAGAAAGAACUGGACCGGAGUCAUGUUUUACAAAAUUAGAAGUACAAACUAUAUCUUUGUCUACUUUGAUAUUGUAAAUUUAUUAUAUUACCGCAUCGCAAAUAUUAUUUUAUUUUCGUGUGUAGAUGAUAAAAUUUAUAUAAAUGUAUUUACGACAGAAGCUUCCGUCUGGAAAUAAAGUCUUUGAUAAUCUUCUUAUAGUAUGCUUGCGUACUUCUGUCUGCUUUAAAAUAAUUUCCCUUUUAGAGGCUGUAGUUUCUCUCUAUAUCAGGUUUAGAUUGUCCUUGUUUAGGGUCUAGUCAGCCAUGGUUUCUAAUGUAAAACUGCGAUAUUUACAAGUCAGCGUUUUGCGUUUCGCCCUAGAAUGUCAUGCCCCGUUUCCUAUACAGUGACUUGGUCCGUACACGAAGACCUUCCUUGAGCUUUUUUAGUCCUAAUCCGUUUCUCUGCUUGUCUCUAUCAGUGAAUCUUGACUGCAAAUGAGCCAGGAUUGAAUCUUGAAAAAGCUGUUGUGCUUCUGCGUAUCCUUCCGCACUGGAAAUCUCCCGAUAGGCUGCUUGUAGUUUAUUAGCAAGUAUGAUUCCCUCCUCUUCAGAAACUUCUCGGUAUUCGCGUAAGUCUCGUUUUGUUCCGACCACAACGACACUAUACUCUCCGCUGGUUUUUGUCGUCUUUAUGAAUUCUCCAAGUCGUUC